AUGGCUCCGACUACUCCUGAUCUAUCGGCCAGGUAUACACUCCUCACGCUGAGUGUCAUCUCUUCGAGCAACAUCUCCAACCGUACGAAAUCCUUGAUCGAACACGUCAAAUCCACACCGGCCGACAACAAACCUGCCAUUGUCGCCCUCCACGCAAAAGCAGCCGUCGCGAACAAGCUCAUCAGCAUCGUCGAGAUCGCAAAGAGAGACCUGAAAGAGGGAGGCCGGAAGAUCUACCAAUACAACGCCCUCGGCUCAGAAUUGAUCGAGCUGAAGCCUGCCACCAAGGAUGCAGCCAACGACGACGCCGUGAGCGACGAGGAGCCUGCUUUCGAGAAGAUUGAGCAAAAGACUACUGUCAGGAAUGUGCCGACUAUGACCACAUAUCUGAGUCUGGUACCUGUCAAAGAACUCAAAGACGCCUAUGGUGAACAAAUCGGAUGA